AUGUUUUCUGCUUUGGUUGGGGACAUGAAGGAAUCACCGAAUGUCGGAAACGUCGAGGCCUGGAUCCAAACGAUCAGGCAGCUUUUCGCGGAGGCCUACGCGACAGUCCCAGUUCUUUCCGAGGAGCUGCCGGCGGAUAGAAAACGUUUCCCGACUUUGAGUGAAGCCGAAGCGUCCAGUCUACUAGGCUUUUUUGAACAAGCGUUUGUCAACACCACGGGACGCUUUGAGGAAUGA